AUGUUACACGAAAGUCGUGGACAUAAAGAAGUCCGAGACAAUGCAUCCAAUUUUAUUGAUUCUACGCAAGAUAAACCUGAAAUGAAAUGUUUGGAUCGUGAACUCAGAAAAUCUUUGGUCGACAGUAGAUUCCACUUUCUCUUUGAAAAAAUUUCUCUGCACUUUAAGAUUGAUAAGAGCUAUGUUUUGGAAUGUAUACUGGAUGGUGAACAAUCUGAAAAAUCAGAUGUUAAUGAAAGGAUUGGUGUUUUCUCGCGUUCACUGGUCCCAGUUAGACCACGUGUUGUUGUAUCUACAGUGGCUGAUGCACAUGCACUCGGUUCGUGUGCUGUCUUCACAAAAGUCAAUGCAGAACCUCAAAUAACAGCUGAGAACAUUUCGAAAGAAGUGAAUUUUCUGACAACAGACUUAGCCAAAGACUUUUUGAAUGCGUUUGGAAACCUGCUCGAUUCUUUAAUGUUACCACAACUUCAAGCAAUUCCGAACAAAGUAUUCGUGGAGAAGACAGUUCCAAUAGACGUACAAAAGUUGGAUUUAGUUGAAUACACAAAAAAAUUUGUGAAAAUUCUCAAGGAAACAUCGGAAUUCUUGGAAAACAGAUUUCACUUUAAAUCUUUUCAAAAUAAAUCAUUUGAAAAAAUCCAGUCAACACUUGACACUAAAAGAAUAUCAUCUGUAGUCAAUCCUGACAUGCUGAAGGAACUAGAAAUCUAUGCUGAGACUUGGAUUAAUCAACUAGAACAAGUAAUGGUUAUUGCUGAUCAAAUCAGAAAAGAAGCUGAUAACACCGGCCCCCGAGUAGAGUUAGAAUAUUGGCGAAGACGAAUGAUCACAUUCAAUACAAUCUUCGAAGAAAUGAAUAAACAUAACUGUAAAAUUGUAUUUGGCAUACUUUCAACCUUCAAUUGUCCAUUAGUCAAAAGAUGGCUUAAACUAGAAUCCCAAGUAAUGGAUUACACAAAUGAAGCUAAAAAUAACCUAAAAUUUUUAAGUACACUAGAAGAAUAUUGUGAACCAUUGUACAGAUGUGAUCCAGUCGGAAUGUUGGACAGUAUACCGAAACUUGUGACAAUGAUUCGUCUAGUUUAUGAGAUAUCUACAUUUUAUAAUACACAAGAAAAAAUCACUUCACUAUUUGUCAAGGUCACUAAUCAAAUGAUAUUUGCAUGUAAAGCAUAUGUUACUAAUAAUUAUCAAAGUACAAUUUGGACAGAGGAAACAGAAAUCAUUUUGAAAAAGAUUAUAGAUUGCUGUAAUUUACAUCAAGUUUAUAAGAAUUCAUUUCAACGAAUCAAAACAGAAUUAGCUGCUAAACCGAAUUCAAAACAAUUUGAUUUAUCUGAAAUACAUAUAUUUGGUAAAUAUGAUUUAUUCUGUCAAAGAUUGGGUGAAAUUAAUGACAUAUUCCAAAUGAUCUCAUCGUAUUCUUGUUUACUAGUGUCAAAAAUUGAAAAAUUAGAUCCACUUAUUGAGAUGUACAAUUUCGCUGUAAAUAAACUACGAAAUAGUGAAUUUGACUUUUUGGACCAACGAAAAACCGAAGUCGAUGACUGUAUCAUGGAGUUUAAAAAGAAAAUGAGUGAUAUACGGACUAGUUUAAGAUCCCUACUCGAUACAGAAAUGAACAGGCAUCAUGAUCUACAAAGAAGUUUACGUAUUAUUGGACAGUUUGAAAAAUUAGACUUACCAAACUUGGGUGUAGAUGAAGCACAUAUAAAAUCAUUGCAUCGUUUUUCUCAGCUUAUAGAGCAUGUUGGUAAAGAAUACAGUAAAUUUAAAGCUUCACCACCAAUUGGUCGUGAUAUACCUCCAAUAGCAGGUAAAAUUUCCUGGGCAAAAGAGUUAUAUCGAAGAAUUGAAAGUCCAAUGCUUAUGCUUACCGAUAAAAUCAAAUUGAUGCGAUCAAAGGAAGGCAAAGAAAUUACUAAAAAGUAUAAUAAGUUAGCUGAAGUUUUGAUCACCUACGAAAUGGUUCAUUACCGUAAUUGGAUUAACCAGAUAUCCUUUGCAAAAGUUGGUUUACGUGAUCCUUUACUUUAUCAAGAUGAAGGGACUAAUCGUAUUAUUGUUGCACUUGACCCAGAAAUUUUAGUUGUCUAUCGAGAAAUAGAAUUAUUAUCGAAAUGGGGAUUAGAUAUACCUGAAAUUGCUGUGGAAUUAAGUCAAAAAGAAACCCAAUUAAAAUUACAUUAUAAUAAAUUGAAAUCAAUGUUGACCAGUAUAAAUGAAAUAGAAGUUAAUCUAGAUCCAAUGUUUAUCAAAUUAAUGCGAGCACAGUUCGCACAUUUGCAAAAUUUAUUAAAACCUGGUUUAUCUUUAUUGAACUGGACAAGUCUUGGAAUCAACCAUUUCAUUGGUGAUGUAACCAGUUAUAUAAAUCAGUUGAAGUUACUCAGUGAACGUGCAAAUGAUCUGAAAAAAUACCGAAUAGAACAAAUUUUAAACGAAAUAUCUAAUAUAACCUUAUGCGAACUAAGUGAUUCAGAACCGUGGACCAUAGAUUAUUUCUUAGAACAUACCAAUUAUCUGUGUAGUAAAGCUGGGGAUAUCUUGCAAAUCAAAAGUCAAGUUAUUCAGGAUUCAGUGCAUGAAUUGAUUGACAUGCUUUGCGGUGCGUAUCGAUUACAGUUGAUGCAGGAAGAGGAAAAGGACGAAAGAAACAUAACUUGUAUGAAAGGAUCUGGAAAAUCAACACUGUCUUCACAAAAGUCAAUAUACCCAGAGAGUGCAGUUUCAAGGACAACAGGUACAAAAAGUGCAAGAGAAUGUCGUAAACGAUUAGUUGAAGAUGCUGCACUCAGGGUAUUAGAGCAUUUUCAUCAGAGAACUGUGGAUACUUUAACUAAAUUAAUUCGUAAUACUUUGGAUAAUCUUCGUAAAUGUUUAACUUUGCCUUCAAUUUUAGCCUAUGAUAGUGUGAAUUCAGAUGGAUCAGUUCAACUUUAUUUUUCAUGCCAUGCACAGUUAUCCAUACCAUCAAUUAUACUACAUCCGUCUCUUGAUGAUUUUCAGAAAGCGUUGAAUACUGCUACACAUUUAAUUAUAUCUGUUUCUCGUCACAUUUCAGUGUGGGAUUUAAGGCUACGUAAUCCAUAUGGCUUAAAAGAGCAUUCUGAAAUUGAAGAAAGCUUUUCAUCAAUUGAAGAAGUUAAAAAGUCAAGUCAAACAGACAGUUCAACGCAUUCGGGUAAUGAAUUGACUAGAGAAAUAACUGUAUCAUCUGGGACUAACGAACUAAUAACCUAUACAACAGAUGAGCGCUUCAGUGUUGCAGAUGAUGAAUAUGAAAAUAAAGGUGAUGAAAAUUACUUUAAUAAAAUUUCUCAAAAUAAGGAGAUAAAUAAACUAAGGGGUAUGCUUACAAAUGCUUUCUCAUCGAUUCAACAGAGUGCAAAAUCCUCACUUCGGCAUUUUGAUCAAUAUAAAUCUUUAUGGGAGAAAUCUAAAACGGAAGAAUUCGACAAAUUCAUGUCAAAUAAUCCAUCGGUGACUGAUUUUGAAGAAAUUAUUCAACAGUUUUAUGAGAAAGAUCAAUUAAUUUCGAAUGAGCCUGAUGUAUGUGAUUGCAGUCCAUUAGCAAUUUACACCAACCACUUAAAAGAUGGAUUACUUGCAGAAACAAGAAAUUGGCGCUUAGAAUACGGGAGAUUAUGCAGCUCAAAAUUUAAAACUCAAGUUGAAUCCUUGUUUGCAACGAUCGAAAAAUAUGAAAAAAUCUUAUCAAGACCCAUCAAUGAUUUAGAUGAUAUAAGAAUACUGAUGAAUGCAUUGAAGGAUUUACGUGAAAUGGAAGCAAAUGUUGACUUACAACUUGGACCUAUUGAAGAAUCCUAUUCUUUACUGGCUAAACAUUCAAUUCCAGUUGAUAAAGAAGAAACUGAUAAAGCAGAUACUUUGCGCUAUGAAUGGGAAAAAUUAUGUAAACAAAUGCUAGAAGUACAAAAUCAGUUAGUUGACGUUCAACCAGAAUUUCGCAAUAAUUUAUUAGAAAAUAUAACAACGUUUAAUGAAAAUUGUUCAACAUUCUACGACGAUUAUGAUAAAGUUGGACCAAUGGUUAGAGGCAUACCACCCCGAGAAGCAUCUGAUCGUCUUAUUAUAUUUCAAAAUCGUUUUGAUAAUCUUUAUCGCAGUUAUAUCACGUAUAGUGCAGGUGAACAGCUUUUUGGACUGCCGAUUACAGAACAUACUCGGUUAGAUGACAUUAGAAAACAAUUAAACCUUCUACAAAAACUUUACUUAUUAUAUAACAGUGUUUUGAACAAAACAGCUGGCUAUUAUGACAUACCGUGGUCCGAUGUUAAAAUCGAUGUGAUUUCUCAAGAACUGCAAGACUUCGAAAAUCGCUGCCUCAAGUUACCAAAAGCUUUACGUGAAUAUCCGGCAUACGAUGAUUUGAGGCAAACGUUGGCUAAUUUUGACCAGAUCAUCCCAUUGUUAGAGUUAAUGACUAAUCCAGCUAUGCGUGAGAGACAUUGGAAACACUUGGCUACCUUAACUGGACGGUCAUUCAAUGUUGACGACAGUGAAUUUACUUUGCGAAAUAUACUUGAAGCUCCUUUACUUAAACACUAUGACGACGUUGAAGAUAUUUGUAUAUCAGCUAUUAAAGAGCAAGAUAUUGAGCGAAAACUAAUUAAUUUAAAAUCUGAAUGGAGUGCACAAGAAUUUGAAUUUGUUCAAUUUAAACACCGUGGUGAAUUGUUGCUACGAGGUGACCACACUUUGGAAUUGAUUAGUUUAAUGGAGGACUCAUUGAUGGCCCUUGCCUCUCUUUUAAGUAAUCGCUACAAUGCACCAUUCCGCAAAGAUAUACAAAAUUUCAUCUCACGUUUGUCAAAUUCCAACGAAAUUAUUGAACAGUGGUUGGCAGUACAAAAUUUAUGGAUUUAUCUUGAAGCAGUUUUUAUUGGUGGUGAUAUAGCACGUCAACUUCCACAAGAAGCUAAACGCUUCGCGAAUGUAGAUAAAUCAUGGUGUCGCAUUAUGCAAAGAGCUCAUGAGACAACGCAUGUUUUAACAUGCUGUAUUGGUGAUGAAAUGCUUAGCCAUCUAUUACCACAUCUAAUGGAACAGUUAGAAUUAUGUCAGAAAAGUUUGACUGGAUGUUAUAUUACACUUGCACAAGCGAUUGGUAUGUCUAUGGGUGGUUCACCAGCUGGACCGGCAGGAACUGGCAAAACGGAAACAGUGAAAGACAUGGGUAGAUGCUUAGGAAAAUACGUAAUUGUAUCAAAUUGUUCUGACCAGAUGGAUUUUCGUGGUUUAGGCAGAAUAUUCAAAGGUUUAGCACAAUCUGGUUCUUGGGGGUGCUUUGAUGAAUUUAAUCGUAUCGAACUACCUGUGUUAUCAGUAGCCGCUCAACAGAUUGCUAUCAUAUUAACAUGUAAAAAGGAGCGUAAACCUCAGUUUGUGUUUACGGAUGGUGAAAUUAUAACUAUGAAUCCACAAUUUGGAAUAUUCUUGACCAUGAAUCCUGGUUAUGCUGGACGACAGGAAUUGCCUGAAAAUUUGAAAAUCAACUUUCGAACAGUAGCAAUGAUGGUGCCUGAUAGACAAAUCAUUAUACGUGUUAAACUUGCAUCAUGUGGCUUCAUUGAAAAUAUUAUAUCAGCACAAAAGUUUUAUACGUUAUAUAAAUUGUGUGAAGAACAGUUGAGUAAACAGAUUCAUUAUGACUUUGGGCUACGAAAUAUUCUUUCCGUGUUGCGUACACUAGGUGCAGUAAAGCGUGCCAAUCCAAAUGAUACGGAAUUCGAAACAGUAAUGCGUGUAUUGCGUGAUAUGAAUCUCAGUAAAUUAGUCGGACCUGAUGAACCUCUGUUUUUAUCGCUACUUGAUGACCUAUUCCCUGGUAUUUCAUUAGAUAAAGGUGGCUAUCCAGAUCUUGAAAAAGCUAUAAAACAAAAUCUAGCAGAAUCACAUUUAAUUAGUCACCCACCAUGGUUUCUUAAAGUUAUACAAUUGUAUGAAACUCAACGUGUUCGUCAUGGUAUGAUGACAUUAGGACCUUCAGGUACUGGUAAAUCUUGUUGUAUUCAAGCUUUGAUGAAGGCAAUGACUGAGUGCUUUGAACCACAUCGUGAAAUGCGUAUGAAUCCGAAAGCGAUUACAGCUUCACAAAUGUUUGGACGUUUAGAUGUUGCUACAAAUGAUUGGACAGAUGGCAUAUUUUCCACGCUAUGGAGAAGAACAUUGAAAGCCAAGAAGGGUGAACAUAUCUGGCUUAUAUUAGAUGGUCCAGUUGAUGCAUUAUGGAUUGAAAAUUUGAACUCGGUUCUUGAUGACAGUAAACUUUUAACACUGGCUAAUGGUGAUCGUAUUCCAAUGGCACCAUGUUGUAAGAUUAUUUUUGAAGUGGAUAAUGUUGACAAUGCGUCACCAGCAACUGUUUCAAGAAACGGUAUGGUAUACAUUAGUACAACUACAUUACCUUGGUUGCCAAUACUACAAGGAUGGUUAAUGUCACGUGGAAAAAGUGAAGCUGACCAGUUGUUGCAAUUAUUUACGGCAUCGUUUGAAAGUGUGUACCAAUAUGCAACUAGGCAUUUGAACUUUAAGAUGAGUGUUUUAGAAGCAUUUGUCAUUCGUCAAGCUUGCGAUAUCCUGAGUGGAAUAUUACCUAAGCCAGAAGAAAAGGAUUCUCCAUCGAUAACAUUCAAGUAUAUGGAACGUAUAUACAUAUUUGCAUUGAUGUGGAGUAUUGGUGCUUUUCUUGAAGGUGAUGAUCGUGCUAAAUUCGAGACAUAUUUACGGAAACAUGAAACUGUAAAAUUUGACCUACCAGAAAUCUCUACAGAAUCACACUCCACAAUAUUUGAUUACUUAGUAAAUGAUCUAGGUGAGUGGAUUCAUUGGGAUACAAAAGUUGAUGAAUUUCUAUAUCCAACGGAUCAUACACCAGAAUAUUCCUCGUUACUUGUACCGAAUGUUGACAAUGUGAGGACAGAAUUUCUUAUAGAUUUAAUUUCCAAACAACAAAAAUGUGUACUGUUAAUUGGUGAACAAGGUACAGCUAAAACUGUGAUACUCAAUAAAUAUUUAAGUAGUCAGAAUCCUGAAUUUCAUAUAUUCAAAACCUUGAACUUUUCAAGUGUUACGACACCGUUGUUAUUUCAACGUGCAAUAGAAAGUUUUGUCGAUAAACGGAUGGGAAGCACGUAUGGUCCACCAGCUGGUAGAAAAAUGACAGUUUUCAUCGACGACAUCAGUAUGCCGUUGAUAAAUGAAUGGGGUGAUCAGGUAACAAACGAAAUUGUCCGCCAAUUGAUUGAAAUGAAAGGGUUUUACAAUCUAGAAAAACCAGGGGAUUUUACAUCAAUUGUUGAUGUUCAAUUCUUAGCAGCCAUGAUACAUCCAGGCUCCGGUCGAAACGAUAUACCACAUAGACUAAAACGACAUUUUUGCAUUUUCAAUUGCACCUUGCCAAGUAACACAUCUAUCGACAAAAUAUUUGGUGCAAUAGCUCAAGGACAUUAUUGUCCUGAAAGAGGAUUCACAGAUUCUGCAGUAACCGAAACAGUCAAGCUUCUUGUCCCGUUAACACGGAUUUUAUGGCAAAAAAUUAAAAAUAAAAUGUUGCCAACACCAGCUAAAUUCCAUUAUAUUUUUAAUCUACGUGAUCUUAGUCGCAUAUGGCAAGGAAUGAUUGGUACAGUACCUGAAGUGAUCAACAAUACAGAACGAUUAAUGAUGUUAUGGCGUCAUGAAUGCUCACGCGUAUUAGCAGACAGAUUUGUAUCAGCAGAUGACCACCAGUGGUUUCAUAUGACAACUAAGCGUUUAGUUAAAGAAGAACUUGGGAUGGAAUAUAUGACUGCAAUUGAAGGCGAUCCAUCAUACUUCGUUAAUUUUCUUCGUGAUCCACCUGAACCAACCGGUGAUGAACCUGAAGAUUAUAUCGUUGAAGUACCAAGGAUUUAUGAACCAAUCGAAUCAUUUCAACAAUUAACUUCACGUUUGGAGAUGUUUUUACAUCAGUAUAAUGAAUCUGUCCGUGGUGCAAGAAUGAAUCUAGUACUUUUUCGGGAUACAUUAACACAAAUUGUGAGAAUAUCUCGAAUUAUAUAUAUGCCUCGAGGUAAUGCUCUGCUGGUUGGUGUCGGUGGGUCUGGGAAACAGUCAUUUACAAAACUUGCGUCUUACAUCGCGGGUUAUCAAACUUUUCAGAUUACAUUGACAAGGUCCUAUAAUACUACAAAUUUAAUGGAAGAUUUGAAAUUCCUAUAUCGUACAGCAGGUCAAAAAGGACGUGGUAUCACAUUUAUCUUUACCGAUCAAGAGAUUAAAGAUGAAGCUUUUCUAGAAUACUUAAAUAAUGUUCUUUCCUCUGGUAUUAUGUCGAACCUCUUUACACGUGAUGAAACGGAUGAAAUUCUACAAGAUUUAAUCCCUUUUAUGAAAAAAGAGCAUCCACGUUUAACACCAACUAAUGAAAAUCUAAAUGAUUAUUUCCUCAGUAGAACGCGAAAGAAUCUCCAUGUUGUUCUGUGUUUCUCCCCAGUUGGUGAGAAGUUUCGUAUUAGAUCAUUAAAAUUCCCUGGAUUAUUAUCGGGAUGUACAACUAACUGGUUUCAUCGUUGGCCAAAAGAAGCUUUAAUCUCUGUAGCUAAUCAUUAUUUGAUUGAUUUCCCGAUUGUCUGUAAACAACAGACAAAAACUGCUUUAAUCAAUACGAUGGGUAUAGUACAUGAUGGGAUAGCUGAAGCGUGCAUAGAAUAUUUCUCAAGAUAUAGACGACAAACUCACGUCACACCAAAAUCUUAUCUAUCAUUUUUAUGCAGUUAUAAAUCAGUAUAUUCGCAACAACAUAACCAUUAUGCGAACUUAGCCCAACGCAUGGAUGGUGGUUUACAAAAACUAGUUGAGGCUCAAGAGAGUGUUGCUCAGUUGAGUAAAGAGUUGGCCGUGAAAGAAAAAGAUCUUGAUAUUGCUAAUAAAGAAGCUGAAGAAGUACUUCGGACAGUCACUGUUCAACAAAAUGCAGCAACUGAAGUAAGAAACAAAGUGCAAGUUGUUAAAGAUAAAGCUCAAGCUAUAGUUGAUGACAUUGAUCGUGAAAAGGUUUUAGCGGAAGCGAAAUUAGAAGCAGCUAAACCAGCCCUACAAGAAGCUGAAGAUGCAUUGAACACUAUAAAACCAGGUGAUAUUGCUACAGUUAGAAGAUUAGGAAAACCACCACACCUAAUUAUGCGUAUCAUGGAUUGUGUGUUGCUUUUGUUUCAACGUCAUCUUGAACCAUAUCAACCUGAUCCAGAACGGACCUGUCCGAAGCCUAAUUGGAGUGAAUCUUUAAAACUGAUGACAAAUACUGGUUUCUUGUCAAUGCUGAUGUCCUUUCCAAAAGAUACUAUUAACGGCGAAACUGUUGAAUUGUUGGAACCAUAUUUAAAUAUGGAAGAUUAUACACUAGAAGUCGGUAAAAAAGUUUGUGGUAACGUCGCUGGUUUGUUAUCAUGGACAAAAGCAAUGGCUUACUUUUAUACAAUCAAUAAAGACGUGUUACCAAUGAAAGAUAACUUAAUAAAACAAGAAGCUAGAUUAGCUAAAGCUAUGCUUGACUUGAAUGAUGCUCAAGCAAUACUUGAUGAAAAAGAACUUGAGUUAGCUAAAGUUCAAGCAGUUUAUGAAGAAGCAUUACGUAAGAAAAAUACACUACUUGAGGAUGCUGAACUGUGUCGACGUAAAAUGACCGCCGCUUCAAAACUUAUCGGGAGUUUAGGAGAUGAACAAACACGCUGGACAGAACAGAGUCAGGCAUUUAAAGAAAAUGUCGAAUGUCUUGUUGGUGAUGUACUUGUUGCAACUGGAUUUCUUUCUUACUGCGGUCCAUUCAAUCAAGAGUUUAGACAAAUGUUAUACCAGUCAUGGCAGAGAAUGUUAAGACAAUAUAAUAUACCAGGAUCUACAAUAGUUAACUUAAUUUCCAUGUUAACUCGACCAACUCAACUUGGCGAAUGGAAAAUUCAAGGUUUACCCAGUGAUGAAUUGUCCGUACAAAACGGUAUCAUUGUUGACCAAGCGAGUCGUUAUCCCUUACUAAUCGAUCCACAAGGGCAAGGAAAAUCAUGGAUAAAAAGUCGUGAGCAAAAGCAUGACUUGAUUAUAACUACGUUGUGGAAUAAGUAUUUCAGACAACACUUAGAAGAUGCUUUGUCAACUGGACGUCCAUUACUGAUUGAAGAUAUCGGCGAAGAUUUAGAUCCAGCAAUGGAUAAUGUACUGGAGAAAAAUUUUAUCAAACAAGGGUCAAUUCAUAAGGUAAAGAUCGCUGACAAAGAAGUUGACGUAUUACCUUGCUUCCGAUUGUAUAUUACAACCAAAUUACCCAAUCCAUCAUUUACACCUGAAAUAUCUGCUAGAACUUCUAUUAUUGAUUUCACAGUCACAAUGAAAGGUCUAGAAGAGCAAUUACUUGGACGUGUUAUACUUAGUGAACGACAUGAACUGGAGGCUCAACGUGUUCAAUUAAUGCUUGAUGUACAAUCGAAUAAAACAAAAAUUAAGGAACUAGAAGAUAAUUUAUUAUCACGUUUAGCAAGUGUACAAGGUUCACUGGUAGAUGAUGUUGAUUUGAUUGACGUAUUAAGUUCUACUAAAUUAACAGCUAGUGAUGUAUCAAGAAAGUUGGAAAUUGCCUCUGAAACUGAAAUGCAGAUAACUAGUGCCAGAGAAGAAUACAGACCGAUCGCAACACGAGGUUCAGUAUUAUACUUUUUAAUUGUUGAAAUGAGCUUGAUCAACUGUAUGUAUCAAACAUCUUUACGUCAAUUUUUAGCGCUAUUCGAUCAGUCAUUAUCAAGAUCUGAAAAAUCUCCAAUUACCACGAAACGCAUUACGAAUGUAAUUGACUACAUGACUUACGAUGUAUGGAGAUAUAUUAUUCGUGGUUUGUAUGAAGUCGACAAAUCGACAUUUUCUCUCUUGUUAGCGUUAAAAAUCGAUAUGCAAGCUGGACGUGUUAGGCAUGAAGAAUUUCAGUGCUUUAUCAAAGGUGGUGCAUCUUUGGAUUUAAACACUGUUAAACCGAAACCGUUUAAAUGGAUUACAGAUAUGACUUGGUUGAAUUUAGUGGCUUUAUCAAGUUUAAAUCAAUUUGCUAGCAUUCUAGAUCAAGUUGUUAGUAAUGAACGUGGUUGGCGUCAGUGGACUGACAAAACUUCGCCUGAGUUAGAAAAUAUUCCUGACGGUUACCAAUCAAAUCUAGAUACUUUCAGACGCCUUCUAAUUAUUCGAGCCUGGUGCCCAGACCGUAUAACGAACCAAGCAAAUAUUUAUGUGGGUGACUGUUUAGGUAGAAAGUUCGCUGAAGGAUUUGUACUUGAUUUAGAUGGUGUCUACCAUGAGUCAACACCCCUUUGGCCAAUAGUUGGAUUACUUAGUACUGGUUCGGACCCCACUACGCAAAUAGAAUUAUUAGCCAAGAAAUACAGGGUUGAUUGUAAAAUAAUUUCUAUGGGCCAAGGUCAGGAAAUUCAUGCUAAACGUUUGGUCAGUAAUUUAUUAACAACAGGAGGAUGGAUACUACUCCAAAAUUGUCAUCUAUCAUUGGCAUAUGUUGCCGAAUUGUUAAGUCAAAUAACUGAAAUUGAACAUAUUCAUCCAGAAUUUCGUUUAUGGGUCACAACUGAAGUACACACUCAAUUUCCAAUUUCAUUUUUGCAAACCUCUAUUAAGUUUACAAAUGAACCACCUCAGGGUAUUAGAGCUGGUAUAAAACGAACAUAUGCAACGUUUACGCAAGACUAUUUAGAUAUUAAUAAUCGACCUCAAUGGAAACCAAUGAUCUACGCAAUAUCCUUCUUACAUACAACAGUACAAGAGAGACGGAAAUUUGGUUCGCUAGGUUGGAAUAUCGCCUAUGAAUUUAAUACAUCUGAUCUAAAUGCAAGUCUACAAUUUGUACAGAAUCACUUGGACGAUAUGGAUCCAAAACUGGGAAUUGAUUGGAAAUGUGUCACAUACAUGCUUGGAGAAAUUCAGUAUGGCGGUCGAGUAAUUGAUGAUUUCGAUAAUCGGCUUUUGAACACCUAUUGCAAAUUGUGGUUCAAUGAAAACUUAUUUAAUUCAGAAUUUGAAUUUGCACCAGGUUAUAAAAUUCCACAUGUGCAGAAAUUAAGUGAAUUUAUUAAUGCUAUUAACGAAAUCCCAUUAUAUGAUUCACCUCAAGCAUUUGGAUUACACGAAAAUGUUAACAUAACAUAUCAGAGUAAAAAGGCUAAAGUUAUUUUGGAUUGUAUAUUAAAUGUCCAACCAAAAGAUGCAAACACUGGCGCAUCAGAAACACGUGAAGAUGUAGUACGUCGUAUGGCUAUGGACAUGCUUGACAAAUUACCACCUAAUUAUAUACAAUUUGAAGUGAAUGAACGUUUGAAUCAAAUGGGUGCACUACAACCAAUGAAUAUUUUUCUACGUCAAGAAUUAAAUAGAAUACAAAAGUUACUCACAAUAAUGCGUGAAAAUCUUGUUGACUUAAAACUGGCUAUUGAUGGUACGAUUGUAAUGAGUGAACAGCUAAGACAAGCACUAGAUUGUAUGUAUGAUGCGAGAAUACCCAAUCAAUGGAAAAAGCUAUCAUGGGAAUCAUCUACAUUAGGAUUUUGGUUUACCGAAUUAAUUGAAAGAAAUCAUCAGUUUUAUGAAUGGUUAUACAAUGGACGCCCGGUAUGUUUUUGGAUGACAGGUUUUUUCAAUCCACAAGGAUUUCUUACAGCAAUCAGACAAGAGGUAACACGUAGCCAUAAAGGUUGGGCAUUGGAUACAGUUACAUUAUGGAAUGACGUAACUAGAUUUAUGAAAGAUGAUAUUCAACGUCCACCGACUGAAGGUGCAUAUAUUCAUGGAUUAUUUUUAGAAGGUGCUGAAUUUGACCAAAAGAAUUUGCGUCUAACUGAAUCGAAACCAAAAAUAUUAUAUCAACCAAUGCCGGUUAUUCAUAUACAGGCUGUGGAUAUAUCUAAGGACAAAGAGAUAUCCAAAGAAAUGCUGAAAAACUUCUAUGUAUGUCCAGUGUAUAAAAAACCAUGUAGAACAAACCUAACCUAUGUUACUUCACUUUAUUUACGUUGUCCGCCUAACAAAUCAGUUGAUCAUUGGGUAUUAAGAGGUGUAGCCUUGUUGUGCGAUAUAAGAUGA